AUGUCGUUCCAAGACAAAGUCCAGGGAACCAUCUCCCAAAUUGAUAAGGAACUCUCCAAGUACCCAACCUUGAACAACCUCGAGAAGCAAAGCAACGUUCCCAAGGUCUACGCUUUCUUGGGUGUUAUUGCAUUCUACUUCUUUUUCAUCUUCUUCAACAUCGGAGGUCAGCUUCUUACCAACCUUGCCGGAUUUGUCCUCCCAGGGUACUACUCUUUGGAUGCUUUGUUUAGCACUGGAAAAGCGGACGACACUCAAUGGCUCACGUACUGGGUUGUCUUUGCCUUCUUGACUGUGUUUGAGAGCGUGUUCACCGUUGUCUACUGGUUCCCUUUCUACUACACCUUCAAGUUCAUUCUUGUUUUGUGGCUCGCACUCCCAAUCACCAGCGGUGCCCAAAUCGUAUUCCGCUCCUUCAUUUCACCAGUCUUCUCCAGAUACUUUUCUGGAGCUUCCAAGGUCAGCGCCAGCGCAGACAAGUCCUUGUAA